AUGACGACGAGGACGACGACGACGACGACGACGAGUCGAGGGAAUCAGCAGCAGCACCAAUAUUAUUAUUAUUAUCGUUAUGAGCAACAACAACAAAAACGACGACGACGCCGACGACGACGAGGAGGAAGAGCAUUUUGUAAGAAUACGAGCGAUGAUGAUGAUGAUGAAAGUGAUGAAAGAUACAGCAACGAUAAAGCCAUCGAGGCGUUAUCGUCCAACGAGGAGAACGCGUGGUCGGUGAACGUGUAUCACUCGAAGAGGAAAGAACACAAAACAGACGAAUUAGGCGAUAUUUUGAGCGAAGAAGCAAACGAUGGAGAUAAUAUACUUGAACAACCAGGGUGGGACGCGCAAGGGAAAUUACGGUUUUCGAUUAUGAUUAUCAGCGAAGAGCUGGGACUUUCCGAAAAGCAAGUGGAAGAAAGGGUCGGGCAGUUGUUCACGUUAAUCCCGGGGUUGAAAACGAAAGUUGGGAUCAUGAAGACGGCAGAUUUGGUGAGAAUAAGUGCGAGCAUACCGGACGUGUACAAAUCGUUAGUCGCGUUGAAGGAGGUGUUUCCGGACGCGGAUUUGCCAACCAUGAUUACGAACAGACCGUCAAUUUUAUUAGAAGAAGCCAAGGAAAUGGAGAGGAAAGUGAAGCAGUUGAGAGAGGCGUGUCCAAGGUUGAAUUGGGAUGCGAUAUUAAGCGACCACGCGUAUAUUUUCGAGAUUAAAAAUCCAGGCGAGAACUGUUUGGCGUUGAAAGAAAAACUCGGGACGACGGUGAAAGACUUUGAGUUGUACGUCGCCAGGAACCCGAUGUCGUUGCUCAGCGUGCAAACCGGGGAAGAGUUGCUCGAGUACGAUAACGGAAGUUUAAGACAACUGAAAGAAAAUUUAGAGGGAGCGCCGAAAGCAGAAGGUUGGUAG